AUGGUUCCGGCGCGGACCGUGGAAGGAAGGAAGGCGCUGUUGCCAGUUCCAGAAGACGAGCCUGUGGGCGUCACGAAUCACGACGAGCAGGUGGUGUUUGCCCUUCCGCAGAAGACGCCCUCAUCGAGCGUCACUUGUCCGUCACGCAACAACUCGUUCCAAUGGCAGGCGCGCGGCGUCGACGCGCACAUUGCGCGCAUUCUGGCGGCGCACACUGGCAACUUGCGGUCGGGCUGCUACGUCCUGGACGAGGGCGACCAGGACGACGUCCCAUUCGACGAGAGGGUCGGCCCGAUCGACUUCCUGGCCAAUGGCACCGCGCAUCUCUACAUGGAGGCCUUUUACUGGAUACCGGACCUCGUGGACCAGGUGUUCCGACAACCGGUUGACUUCCUGUACCCGCAUUAUUUUGAUGACUUUUGCCUAGCACUUCGUAGCACCGGCCCACAGACGACCAGAAUCUACAAUGCUUUCUCUCUCAGCGUGUGGAUUGCGACAGGAACCUUCUUUCUUCUCUUCGCCACCAUGUUGAAGUUCGUUCUGAAAGCGACUUGCAGCCAAGCCAUUCUGGAGACUGCCCAGAUCUUUCUCAGUAGCUCUUUCUCCAACCGUCGGCCCAGGCACAUGAUGGUGUGGGGCACGCUGUUGAGCAUCGUCAUGCUCAACAGUUUCAGUGCGGUCAUCACAAGCUAUUUAACAAUUCCCACGAUGGGACACCAGCUGGACACGCUCCGAGACGUGAUGGACCAUGUGGACGUCGUCUACAACAGGGAAGACGGGGAGUUCGACCUGGAGAUCCUUUUCGCGUCUGUAGAUGAAGACGCCCUGCGCCUCUAUGAUCUGACGAUUCCUGGGAGUGAUUGGGAGGAGAUCCGCAGUGGUUACGCCGCCAUCUUGGACAUCAAAAGCGUUCUUGAAAGGAACCGAAGAGCGACUCGGCACUUUUAUGGAAUAGAGUUGCACAUAGCCCACCAGUGCAUAUGGACACCCGCAUACAAGUAA